AUGAUAAAUUUACAUAGCCUAGCACUAAUAAUUCUUAUAGUUUCAAGUGUAAAAACAAUUAAUAGUGACUACAAUCUUGAGGAUUGGGAGAAAAAAAUUGAAUAUACCACGAGUUUUUUGGAGAAAUCAGCGUGCAAAUCUAGCAUUAAACGGGGGGAUUUCGUAGAAAUAAAUCUAAACACAUUUUCAAUACCAAAUACAUCCAGAUCUCGCAUUAAAGCCGCGUUUAUAGUUGGGGAAUUUGGUGUUUUAUAUAUUAACGAAACUAUUAUAGGCAUGUGUAUCGGGGAUGUUAAGAGGAUUGGUAUACCUAUAGGCAAGGGUAAAAUUUUUUACCAAUUCGAAGUAUUAACUAUAAACACCGGCACUUAA